CGCGUGAUCACAGAUAAAAGUGAAAGUAAAAGAAAGCUGAUGUUUCGCCAUUUUAAACAGACUGUCGAUUCCUUAAACUUUAAAUUAUUAUUACAACUUUUAUAAAACCUUAGACAGGAAUUUAUGUGAAGCGUGAUGGAAGAGAUGGAGGAGUUUGUGAAUCGGGUGGCUGUGUAGAUUUUGAUGAAGGUGAUUGUUCACAUCUCCCUUUACAGCUUCAUUAUGGAUGACACACAAACAUCCAGAGAUGAAGAUUUUUCUCCAGGAUUCAGUUCAGUUCAGCAGGAGAGAUCAGAGCCAGAGCCCAGCUGUGUGUCUAUGAGGAGUGACGGGUCUAUGGGUCAUCCAAUAUAUUUUAAGAAUGACGAUACACAGACUGAUCUCAGGUCAAUCCUGCCACAAAGAUCAGCCGUAACAAAACCCGUCUGUGAGAAGAAUGACCAGUCUAUGAAUCAACUACAGGACUUUGAUGAAAGCAGCCAUGAAGGACUCAAGUUUAGAUCAAAUCUGAUGAAGAAGUUUGAGCAUCUGUAUGAAGGAAUAGCAAAGCAGGGAAACCCAACACUCCUGAAUGAGAUCUACACAGAGCUCUACAUCACAGAGGGUGACAGUGGAGAGAUCAGUAAUGAGCAUGAGGUGAGACAGAUUGAGACACAAUCCAGGAGAGCAGCAACAGAGGACACACCGAUCAAAUGCAAUGACAUCUUCAGACCUUUACCUGGACAAGACAAACCCAUCAGAACUGUGCUGACAAAGGGAGUCGCUGGCAUUGGAAAAACAGUCUCUGUGCAGAAGUUCAUCCUAGACUGGGCUGAAGGGAAAGUGAAUCAGGACGUCCAGCUCAUAUUUCCACUUCCUUUCAGGGAGCUCAAUUUGAUGAAGGACAACACACUCAGUCUUUCAGAUCUUCUUCAUGUCUUUUUCCCUGAAACAAAAAAAAUGGAAAUAUCCAGUGACAAAUAUAAAGUGUUGUUUAUCUUUGAUGGUCUGGAUGAGUGUCGUUUUAACUUACAUUUUCAAAGGAAUGAGACUCUACGAGAUGCAAACAAAAAGAAAUCAGUGGACGUGCUGCUGAUGAACCUCAUUGCGGGGAAACUGCUUCCCUCUGCUCUCAUCUGGAUCACCUCCAGACCAGCAGCAGCUGAACUCGUCCCCUCUGAGUGUGUCCAUCGAGUGACAGAGGUACGAGGCUUCAAUGAGCCACAGAAGGAGGAAUACUUCAGGAAGAGAAUCAGUGAUCAGAGUCUGGCCAAUAAAAUCAUCUCACACCUGAAGUCAUCAAGGAGCCUCUACAUCAUGUGCCACAUCCCAGUGUUCUGCUGGAUCUCAGCCACUGUUCUAGAGAAGAUGUUGAGUGAAGCAGAGAGUGGAGAGAUUCCCAAGACUCUCACUCAAAUGUACACACACUUCCUGAUCCUUCAGACCGACAUUAAACAUGAGAAGGACUAUGAGAAGAACCUGACAGAUGAAGACAUGAUCCUCAAGCUGGGGAAAGUGGCUUUUCAGCAGCUUGUGAAAGGCAAUGUGAUCUUCUAUGAGGGAGACCUGAGAGAGUGUGGCAUUGAUGUGACAGAAGCAUCAGUGUACUCUGGAUUGUGCACUCAGAUCUUCAGAGAGGAGUCAGGCUUGUAUCAGGGGAAAGUCUUCUGCUUUGUUCAUCUGAGCGUUCAGGAACAUCUAGCAGCUUUAUAUGUGCACCUCUGCUUCACAAACAACAACAGAAAUGUGUUUGACUCAGUCACCAAACCAGGUUUGUUGUCUAUGUUUAAGGACCGGUUUCAACACAAUUCAUCAAAACAUGUUUUAUUUUCUGAGCUCCAUCAGAGAGCUGUGAAUGAGGCUCUACAUAGUAAAAAUGGACAUCUAGACCUUUUCCUGCGGUUCCUUCUGGGUCUGUCAGUGGAUUCUCUUCAGAUUCUCCUACAGGGACUAAUGACACUGAGAAGAAGCAGAUCUGACAGAAAUGAGAAAACAGUUGAGUACAUCAAGGAGAAGAUCAGGACCAUUGACUCUCCAGAGAAAUCCAUCAAUCUGUUCCACUGUCUGAAUGAACUGGGUGAUCAUUCACUAGUGGAGGAAAUACAACAGUAUCUGCAAUCUGGAACAAUAAGUGAAGCCAGACUCUCUUCAUCUCAGUGGUCAGCUGUAGUUUUUGUGUUGCUGACAUCAGAGAAGAAGCUGGAUGAGUUUGAUAUUAAUAAAUUUGUUGGAGAAAACAAUAAAGCUGAAAAACUGACGGUUCUUCAGAAGCUGCUGCCUGUGAUUAAAGUUCAUCUGAGUGAUUGUGGAGUCACAGAGAAAGAUUGUGCUGCUCUGACUUCAGUUCUGAGAUCAAACCCCUCACAGCUGAGAGAACUGGAUCUGAAUAAGAAAAAACUACGAGAUUCGGGUGUGAAGCUUCUUUCUGUUGUACUGGAAGAUCCUGACUGUAAACUGGAGAAACUCUGGUCUCACACACUGCAGCGUCGCGGUCACUAUUUAGACGAGCUCUGACACCGUGUGGUGAAAUAAUCACAGAUGUUUACAGGCCACGGCUUUCUCAGAUCAGCUUAUGUUGAUUAAAACUACAAAUUCUGUUGAGUUUGGAAAAUUCUGUACACAUUAAUCAUCAGAAUAUCUCUUCUCCUGUCUCUGGAAAUGUCUGGAUUUUGAAAUCAUCCUGCAGUUGCUCAUUUUAAGAGGAGUUUAUUCAACUAGGCGAUUACAGCACAAUGAAAAUAUGUACAUAACUGGAAGAAUCGAUACACUGCUUCGACAAGCACUUCCAGUGAUCAAUUCCACUGCUGUGAUAAAGGUCUAUUGAGUAACAUUUGGAUGUAAACAUGGCUGCGGGAACUAGGGUUGCUGAGGGUGCUGCAGCACCCCCUGUCAAUGAGUUUUAGGGGAUAAAAUUAUUGACUGCAGGAGGACUUUAAUCUUUAAAAAUGAAGAUUGUCCCCCGGUUUCACAGACAAGGCUUAAGUUAGUUGUUCAUUUUCUACUAUUAGUACGCCAUUUUGGGUUUAACUUCCCCAAUAGUGUAAACACUGAGCCUCCCAGACACCAUCAAAACAUUAAGAGCGGUCUGCUCAGAUCGUCAGUCUCUUUCCAGCUCAAUCUAUCCAUGGGUUUCAUGUGACGUUUUAUUGCCUCCAUUUUUGUGUCCGGUCACAGCUGCGUGACCUGUUUCAGUCUAUAGUCACAGCAGCCUCAACUACAAGAGGAAGAUCAACGAAACACUCCUAGAAAGUUCACAACAAGGUUACAAUAUGCCUGGGAUAUGUGGUGCUGUUAGCUGUAAUAACAGUCGUCAGAGAAACCCCGAACUACAAUUUUAUUCAAUCCCAAAGGAGUUAGAUCGGCAGAAUUGUUGGCUUCAAUCACAAGGGACCACACCACUGGCAGCCAAACAGCAAUGCGCAACAUUAAUAACUACUGGGAC